GGUGUGUUCUGUUCGGUGUUGGAACUCUAGUAUGGCAGCAAGUUAUAACAACCAUACCAAUUGGUUCCUUAGGAAAAUCUAUGGAGUUGGGAUCCAAUCCUCCUGACAUGAGUUCACCCUGUAUGGUUGAGGAUAACAGUAACAACACCUACAGCCCUCACCCUGUAGUUGGACGGAGCGGUCAGAUCCUCUGGAUCCGUGGGCUGACUAGGUUACAGACUCAGGUAAUAGGCGGGGACAGACAGGACAGACUCAUUCCUGUACCCUACUCCAAAAAUACCACAGAUCAAGCAAUCCGAGUUGUUAACGCGUUUCGUCAUGGAGUAGAUACUCCUCAGGUUCAACAAGCUACUUCCAAUCCAAAUAUACAGCGGGUACUGCAGAAACAGGCGAGUCUAAAUAAACGAUUGAGCGCAGCCUCUGCGGUGAGUGAUCCUGACAAUUUACUUCACAACAGUAACGCCCUUCAUCAGCUCAAGACCAAAAGCCAUACAGAAACAGCUGUCUAGAUGCUAAACCUUAAAUUCAGAAGAAACAGUUUUACUGAUCGUGAUUUUGUUUCCAUCGGAAGAUCGGUUCAGUGCCUUGUAAGGAUAUUGAGGAACUUUUGUAUUUCCUGAUUGUGUUAUCUUGGGUAUGAGAAGAAAUUAUCAAUCUUUACGAUUUAUGAUACAUUUUUUUCAGAGACCUCACUUAUUUUUAAAUUGAGUCACUGAACACUACAAAUUAUUUCAUUGUAGUUAUGUAGGUUCCUAUGAGCUGAGAAAACUAUGCAUAAAUGAAACUCUAAUGUCUGACCUUGCAGUGUUAUAUCUCGAUACUGUAUUUGUUAAUAAAAACAGCAAACUAGCUUAAUUUCGUAAAAUUUAAAGAAAGUUCUAAUCGCGGAAUAAAAUGUUUUGAAAAAUUACCCCCCAUGAACCGUCACGCGCUUCACGUCAGUUAACGCACAAGUUGGGACGCAGGAGAAGUUUCUUGAUUUUCUCGGGGUUCUAGGUUUUUCAAGUCCUCACAUUGAACAGAUUGUUUCGAAAAUAUUGUGGCCAGGUCUGAAUUUAGAGAUUAUUAUAAACGUUCACUUCCUUACGUCAAAGAUUUAUAUUUCAUGUAUACACAAGUUUAAAUAUUUUUGAAAAUCUCAUUGUCAGCUCUAUGAAAAUGUUAAGGUUUUGAGUGGAAUCAUGUUGAGGUAUACACUUUACAGAGUUUGGAUAUAUUAAAAGUAUCAAAUGAUGACUUUGGUCAUGAUUUACUCUUCGACAAGAUUUUUUAAAAUGAUUCGUGAGAAUGAUAAUUUCUUCAUAUACUCAGUUAUCUUGUUAUUUAAGGAAAUUAAUAAGUAUCCUAAACUAGAUUCUGAACAGCUCAUCCAAUUAAAAAAUCUAUUUCCGACAUGAAUGCGGGUUUUCUGUCCUGAAGUCGGGCUAGAUGAUUAAAACCAAGCAUAAAACAAGAUCCUGUUCUAAAUUUGAAAAUAAUACUCGUGCUAGACCAUCACGCAAGUUACUCUCAGUGAAUAUCAAAGUAAUUGUUGAAAUUUUUGUGAAAUUUAUCGUUUCCGACUUUUAAAUCAUGUGCUUGUAGUAAGUUUAAUCCUACUAAAUUUGAACUGUACAAUGUACAAUGAUAUCUAAGUGUUCUUUACAAUCAACAGUAGAUUUUAUAAUUUCUAUAAAGUAAUACAUUAAGGACCAAACCUACUAAGUAGAAAUGAUUUUAAGAAAUAGAUCCUGUAGAAUAUUUUGAUAACCUUUCAGCUUUAACGCCCCGUACAAAGUUUAUUUGUAAAAAUUACAUUUUGUAUGUCAGCGUUUUCGAAUCACUGUGGCCCUUGAAUUUAGAAAUGUUUCAUUAUCCACUGGUUUUUUGUAAUUAGAGUAGACAAUGCCAAAUAAUAGGUAUCUUGCUCUGUUUUAAUAUAUGUAUAUGAUUACUGCAUGUAGUUGAAUACAUUAUCCAUUUAGUUUAAAAACUGGCCAAAAAAUGUUUAUAAGCUCGUCAUUAUGUGUAUUGUGUGGUUGGGAUGCAGAAUAGAUUUAAUUAAAUGUAGGUGCAGUGCAAUUCCGGAAACAAUUUUUAAUGUAUUCUAUUUCACAACUGAAAUUUGAUAUUCACCUUUUUGUAAAUAGGUUUUUAUUUUUAAAAUCUUGGAUUUUCAAUUUCAACGUAACUAAAAUGCUUAGGAUUGGGGUUGCAAUAGUUGAAUUCCAUCUUAAUUCCCAACAAUGAUCUUGUAAUUCAAUUGUUUAUAACUCUACCCCCCUCCCCCCCCCACGAAUGGGAUAUUUUACGUACAAAAUAAAUUAUUGAGCAAUAUACUUAAAUAUCUAAUAGGUUUAUUCAUAUCUGCUCUAAGUAAACCAUCUUUGCUUCAAGUUACCAACUAAAAUCCUCUUUUUAUUAAUUUAAAUAACGUUUAAUAUGUUUAAUAAUUGUGCUUGAUAAUUAAAACCUGACUUCUUAAACUUUUUUUUAAUUUAUCCAGUUUUGUAAAAUAAUCAGACAAUUUUGAGUAGAUUAUAUCGGCAAAAUCCCACUCUAAGUAAUGUGAAAUUUUGACCUUGCACUCAAAGAAUUCCAUGGUAAGAUAAAUUCUGUCAUCCACACCACACUUGGGACUAUGUCUUAGUGCAUACCUAGUAAUGUGCUUCCUUUAGCGGACUAAACAUUUAUGUAAUUUUUA